AUGUGCACAGGUAAACCAGGCAGGUGCCCGGGAGGCCUUAACCAACUCACUCAGAGCUGGUCAGCCAACCCUACACAAAUCAUAGAUCAACUGGUGGUCCAGUGUUACCAACUGGCAUUUCCUGAAGGUUCGGGCAUUGUCUCGGAGACCCCCAACUGCUGUUACUACACCAACACCUCAGCCAAUGGAGCUCUGGCCAUGGCACUGGUGUCGGAUUGGAAAUUUAUGAAUGGAGGGAAUAUCUAUCGCAGGUUUAAUCCGAGUACUUCCCAGGGUCAGGCUGAGGCAGCGGCGUUCACCCACUGUUGUAUUAGCAGUACUGUGCAUUGUAGUGAUUUCCUACUGAAGAGACCCAUGUCUGAUUCUUCUAGUUUUGUGCCUCCUGGUCAAGCUCUCUCUGCUGGGGACCCCCAUGUCACCACCCUGGAUGGUCUCGGCUUCUCAUUCAAUGGCUACGGAGAGUACACCGUGGUCACGGGCAACCAUUUCACCCUGCAGGGCCGCACCGCCCUAGCAGUGACAGACACGCCCCCUGCCCGAGCCACCGUGUUCAACUCGUUUGCUGCUAAACAGGUGGUGCCAGGGGGCACUGAUAGUGAUGUGGUGGAGCUCAGGCUGAAUUCUACCACAGGGAGCGAUAUUGAUGUCCUAGUCAAUGGAGUUAUCCAGAAUGUAGACUUCAGUAGCACUCAGCUCUAUAACAAAGUCAGCGUCACCAAGAAUGGCGCAGAAUACUCUAUGGUCUUCUCGUCUCAGGUCGAGGUGAAGACUUCAGCAAGUUUCAACAUGACCACCAUCUCUGUAGCUGCUCCUGCUAGCUGGAAGGGAACUCUUUCAGGUUUACUUGGUAACUUUAAUGACAACCCUGCUGAUGAUAUCAAGUUUUCCAAUGGCACACAGUUGCCAUCCAACUCAACUGAAGAAGAACUUUACUAUUGGGGUCAAACUUGGGCAAUUGAUCCUGCCCAGUCCCUGUUUACUUAUGAAAAUGGUGUGACAGCCCAGACUUAUGGAAAUGACAGCUUCACUCCACUGUUUUUCAACUUGGACACCAUGUUUGCAGACAAUGCAACUAAGUGGUCUGCCAUCAGUGCAUGUGGUGGUAUGGCCAACCUGAACAGAGAAUGCGUGUACGACAUCGCCCUGACUGGAAAUGAGGCUGCUGGUGUUGCCACAGCGAGCUCUCAAACACAGUUUGCAGAGGAGAAGGCUGCCGUAGAUAACUUCCCGCCCACCAUCAACAACAACAACACAGUACUGUACCUGGUUGCAGGACAGAACAUGGCCAGUAACAUCACCAUCAGUGCACAGGACCAGAACCCUGCUGAUACUGUCUCAUUUAGCCUGGCAUCCCCUGUGCCAACUGGAGCAGUGAUCAGUAGCAGUAGUGGGGAACUUGCCUGGAGCAGUGUACCCACCACCCUGACCUCCAAUACCACCCUGAAGAUCAUAGCCUCUGAUGGCAAGGCUAACACUGCCCUACUGCCUAAACUCUUUUACUGCAAGUGCCAGAAUGGAGGCACAUGUAAAUUCAACAUUGAGAGUACAGACUUGUUCACAGAGGUGCCCUGUGAGUGCCCGUCUGGUCGAGAGGGGAACUACUGUGAGAGGGACAUAGAUGGCUGUGCUGAUAACCCAUGUUUCACUGGUGUGGCGUGUGUGGAUGUGGCUGCACCAGGCACUGGGUUCCAAUGUGGUCCGUGUCCCCUGGGACUGGUGGGAGAUGGCUCUGUGUGCUCAGAUGAAGAUGAGUGCCUUAAGACCCCGUCCCCAUGUGCCCAGUCCUGCAGUAACCUGCCAGGCAGCUACCAGUGCUCUUGUGGAACUGGAUACAUCCUGGGGCCUGAUCUCACCACUUGCCUGGAUGUUGAUGAAUGUUCACGAGGCACCCACGACUGUGGCUCCAAUGCUGCCUGUAACAACACAGUGGGUUCUUAUAUCUGUACCUGUAAUACUGGCUAUACUGGCCUUGGGACAACUGGACAGUGUGAUGAUAUAAAUGAGUGUAGUGCCAGUCCCUGUCAAGCCAAUGCUGUGUGCACCAACCUUGUGGGCAGUUACAGGUGUGAUUGCUCUCUGGGAUAUGAGCUGGACCCUCUUACUGGACAGUGUACUGAGAUUGAUGAGUGUACCCGUGACAACACGUGUCAGCAGACAUGUACUGAUGGUGUGGCUACGUAUACUUGUGGUUGCAACACUGGAUUUGUCAUUGACACCACAGAUCAGGUCACUUGUAUUCCUGAGCAGCAGUGUAACAGUGUCCAGAAUGCCACCUGUGACUACACUGGGGACGUGGCCCCACUUUGUGCUGUCAUACAGGGAGAGGUGACAUGUAACUGUCCACCCAAAUAUACGGCUACUGCUGACAAGAAAUGUGUUGACAUAGAUGAGUGUUCUGGUUCCCACCUGUGUAGGCCAGCCUCUGUGGCUAGCUGUGUGAACACUGUGGGAGACUACACCUGCAGCUGUGGGGCUGGCUACAAACUGGAUGUAGAUGGGAGGACUUGUGUUGAUAUUGAUGAGUGUACUGAGCUGUCCAGUGGGAGCCCCAUGCACAACUGUGACCUGACCCGUGGCUACUGCAGUAAUUCAGUGGGCAGUUUCUCCUGUGGCUGCAAUGCUGGCUACAAUCUCAAUGCCACUGGAAAUGGUUGUGAAGAUAAGAAUGAGUGUGCUUCUCCCACCACUAAUGACUGUAAUGCUGACUAUGCCAACUGUACCAACACCUUGGGUAGUUACACCUGCACUUGCAAGACAGGCUUUACUGGGGAUGGUGUCAUCUGUGCAGAUCUAAAUGAGUGUGGUCUAGCAACCCGUGGUGGCUGUGCCCAGGGAUGUUCCAACAGCAUUGGUUCCUACAGCUGUUUCUGUGGCAACGGCUAUUUGCUGGAUGCCAAUGGAUUAACAUGCAAUGAUUAUGACGAAUGCAGUCGUGAAGCAGACAAUGGCUGUUACAGCAGUCAGUAUUGUUCCAACACAGUGGGCAGCUACACCUGCACCUGUCCAGUGGACUUUAUCCUGUCCUCUGAUGGAAAGACUUGUACUGCUGCUAACCAGUGUGCAGCAAAUCACAACUGCUCUCACACCUGUGCCAGACUCAGUGGUAAUGACACCUGCCAGUGUCCCAAGGGAUAUGAACUGGACGCCUCUGGCAAGAAUUGUACAGAUAUCAAUGAAUGUGCCUCCAACACUACCCACGGGUGUUCAGCAGCCAACAAUGUGAUAUGUGUCAAUGAUCCUGGAACCUACCACUGCGUCUGCUCCAAUACUUCUCUGUACCAACAGGUAGAGGCCAGAAAAUGUAUAGACAUUGAUGAGUGUUCAUCAGGAGGGGGCGCCACAUGUCCUGCCUUUUCCACUUGUGUCAACCUGUCACCAGGAUAUCGCUGUGACUGUCAGGCAGGAUAUAACAGCACUGGGGGACUGUGUCAAGAUAUUGACGAAUGUACCUCAGGAACCCACAACUGUCACCCAACCCUAGGUCAAUGUACCAACACUGCUGGUGCCUACACAUGUGCCUGUAUCUCUGGCUACUCUGGGGACGGCAUCACCUGCUCCGACGUAGAUGAAUGUGCAGCCGCUGAUGCAGGAGGUUGCGAUGUUGCUCGUGGUCGCGGUACAUGUGUGAACUACGCUGGAGGAUCUAACUGUACUUGUAUAUCUGGGUACAGGCUGAAUGCUAAUGGAAAGACUUGUGAUGACUUGAACGAGUGUGACCCCAGCAAUCCACAACAUGACUGUGCCCAGCUAUGUAACAAUGUGCCUGGUGGCUUCACAUGUGGUUGUCAACCAGGAUUUGCUCUGGCUGCUGAACAGAGAAACUGCACUUUACUUGCAGAGUGCCCAGCUAACAACACCUGCAGUGACUUGUGUGCCAUGGUACUGGGACAGAGCAUCUGCUCCUGCAGAAAUAACUUCUACAAACUCUCCUCUGAUAACCAGACUUGUGUUGAUGUGGAUGAGUGCACUGACAGCUACCCAUGUGUUGGGAACAGCAGUACAUGCUUAAAUACCAAUGGUGGCUUCUCCUGCAACUGUACCAAUGACUACAUACUUGGAGCUGACAAGUUGACUUGUGCUGAUCGUAACGGUGGUCUUACUAGCUGGACUAGCUGGGGAAGCUGCAGUGUCACAUGUGGUGGUGGAACCCAGUCCCGCACUCGUUCCUGCACCAACCCAACUCAAGCUGGCAAUGGCCUUCCAUGCAGCGGACUGACCAGUGAGACUCAACAGUGUAAUACGGACUCUUGUCCAUUGAGUCAAGCUGAGGAGGAUUAUGGUGUUGUUGUGACAAUCUCUGGAGUGACAGUGGCUCAGCUCACAACAUCUGUCCAGGACUCUAUUCUCUUGAAGGUCGUUGAAGCAUUGAAUUCAUACUGUAUUAUUGAAGGGAAUUUUGCCACAUGCUGUCCUAAUAGUGGAACUAGGCAGAACACCUCAGCAACCAACCUGACCUACACUAACACAAGCUAUGUCCAGAUGGGAGCUGGGUUCCCCAGGGUGAACUCUGCUGAUAACACCAAGGUAGACCUCCUGAUUGUGGCCAAGGCUCCACUGGACAAUGACGUCUGUGCUCUGGGAAGUGGUUCUCAGUCUGGCAGGAAGAAGAGAGGAGUGACGGUAAAUAGUGGUGUGGAAUUCGCCUUUCCCCAAGCCUCUCUCACUGCCUUGGUGCAGCAAUCUUCCACACAGAGCAGCAUUGUCACUGCCAUUGUUGCAUAUUAUCCUACUGCUACUGUUUCUGUUUCACAAGUCCAGACUGCUGCUGCUGCAUACCCAUCUGUUGUUACUGUUGUUGUUACAAUGGCUACUAAUAAUUUGACUACUACCAUGAAUUCCUCCAUCACAACAGAGGGUACUACACCAGUCAAUACAGGCACUGAGGCCUGGGUUAUAGCAGUGUCAGUGGUAGGGGCCAUACUGGUGGUCUUAGUGGUCAUCAUAGUGGUCCUGGUCAUUCUGAAAAAACCACAGAAAGUUUCCAAUUCCAGUGGUGAGCUCGGGGCUGAGACAUAG